AUGUCGGGCGUUGGAGAAGGAAUUCGAAAGGUGCAGGAGACCCUCCAGGGCCUGUAUCCUCAUGAUAAGAAGCUAGCGGACCUUGCAAAGGAUACCACAGACAUCCAUACUGCCGGCUCAAUCACCACGGACCAUGGAACAAAGGUCGAGAAUACAGAUGAAUGGCUAAAGGCAUCCGAUAGCUCAAACUCGGGGCCGUCUAUGCUCGAAGAUCAGAUUGCCCGAGAAAAGAUCCACCGCUUUGAUCACGAAAGGAUUCCCGAACGAGUUGUGCAUGCUCGGGGAACUGGUGCAUUUGGGCAUUUCAAACUCUUUGAGAGUGCUGCAGAUGUCACUUCGGCCGGAGUCUUGACUGACACGUCUCGCACUACACCUGUCUUCGCUCGAUUUUCUACUGUCCAGGGAAGUAGAGGAAGUGCAGAUACCGUCAGAGAUGUCCGUGGAUUUGCAGUCAAGUUCUACACUGAUGAAGGAAAUUGGGAUCUGGUGGGAAACAAUAUUCCUGUAUUCUUCAUCCAGGAUGCCAUCAAGUUUCCCGACUUUGUGCACGCCGUUAAACCGGAACCUCAUAAUGAGGUCCCUCAAGGCCAAACUGCCCAUAACAACUUCUGGGACUUUGUCUACCUCCACCCCGAGGCUACUCACAUGUUCAUGUGGGCCAUGUCUGAUAGAGGUAUUCCACGUUCAUACCGUAUGAUGCAAGGAUUCGGAGUCAACACCUUUGUUCUCAUCAACAAAGAAGGAAAACGCCAUUUUGUCAAGUUCCAUUGGACUCCAGAGCUCGGUGUUCACUCUCUUGUCUGGGAUGAAGCUCUCAAAAUCGGUGGUCAGGAUCCUGACUUCCACAGAAAGGACCUGAUGGAAGCCAUUGAUAACAAGGCCUACCCCAAGUGGAAGCUUGGUAUUCAAGUCAUCCCUGAUGAUAAAGAGCAUGAUUUUGACUUUGACAUCCUCGAUGCAACCAAGAUCUGGCCUGAAGACUUAGUCCCGGUCAGGUAUAUCGGUGAGAUGGAACUUAACCGAAACAUCGACGAGUUCUUCCCUCAGACAGAGCAAGUCGCCUUCUGCACCGGCCAUGUUGUCCCGGGUAUCGAUUUCUCAAACGAUCCUCUCUUACAGGGCAGAAACUUCUCUUACUUUGACACUCAACUCUCACGUCUGGGAACGAACUGGGAGGAGCUGCCUAUUAACCGUCCUGUCUGCCCAGCCAUGAAUCACAAUCGAGACGGGCAGAUGCGCCACAAGAUCACCCAGGGCACCGUCAACUACUGGCCAAAUAGAUUUGAAGCAUGUCCUCCAGCCAAGGUCGGGGAAGGAUUCCACUCCUUCCCUGAAAAGAUAAUGAGUAUCAAGCAGCGAACUCUCAGCAAGAAGUUCCGCGAACACAUCAACCAAGCUCAGCUUUUCUACAACUCUCUAACUCCAUACGAGAAGAAACAUGUUCAGAAUGCCCUUGCCUUCGAACUGGAUCACUGCGACGACCCAACCGUUUAUACCCGCGUGGUCAAACGUCUGGCUGAAAUCGACCUUCCGCUUGCACAGGCUGUGGCACCUCUUGUCGGAGCAGAAACUCCUCAAUCUUCUCCCCGUCCUAACCCGGGCCUGAAAACGAUCAAUCUAAGCCAGGCAGAGAUUAACGAGACCCAUCCUCAGAUUGGCAGUGGUACGCCAACCAUCAAAUCCCGCCGUGUCGCCAUUUUGAUCGGAGACGGCUACGACCCGGUAGCAUUUAUUUCGGCCAAAACAGCAAUCAAGGCUGCUGGAGCCCUACCAUUCGUCAUUGGAACUAAACGUCAGCCUAUCUUCGCUGCACACCAACAUAAAGAAACAGAUAAGGGCGUCGUACCUGAUCAUCAAUACGAUGGUGCGCGCUCGACAUUGUUUGAUGCCACUUUCAUUCCUGGUGGUGAACAUAUUCGCAUCCUUAGCAAGAUAGGCCAGAUCAGAUACUGGAUUGCUGAAUCAUUUGGUCAUUUGAAAGCCAUAGGCGCUACUGGUGAUGCGGUCAAUCUAGUUGCCCAGGUGCUAGGUACAGAUGUGCCGCAGCUUGAAUUCGCGGAUUCUUCUUCCGCCGGGGUCGUGGAGAGCUAUGGUGUGGUUACCAGCUGUAAGUUGCAUGAACCGGAGAGUUUGACGGAGGGAAUCAAAAUAUUCAAGGAGGCCAAUGAUUUCUUGGGUAAAUUCUUCUACCAUAUCUCUCGUCACAGGAAUUACGAGAGGGAACUUGAUGGGCUGGCAUCUUCUCUUGCUUGGUAA